AUCCCAGCGCUCACCAACCCCUAAUAAUCAUACAAUUUUACUCAACAUGUUGUAACAGUCGGUGUGACUGUGAUGUGUACGAUCGUGUGAGACUGAGAGACACGGAAGGGCUAUGAACGCCAACGCUGGAACCGGAGUUUUUGUGCUUUCCCUGCUGUCGAUACCCAUCUCAUAUUUAUUUAACCUUUUAAUUUACACUAACAGCAUCGGAGCAGUUAUUGUUUCGGGGACAUUAAUGGUGCUCUUUAUAAUGACAUUUGCUCGCAUUUCGCUGAAGAAGAAUCCACCGAAGGAUCCUCUUUUUUACGUUUUUGCCGUAUACGCCUUCUUCAGCGUUGUGAACCUUAUUAUAGGACUUGAGCAGGACAGUAUUAUAGACGGAUUCAUGACCUUCUACCUAAAACAGGCAGAUCCAUACAUUAACACGGCUCACGGGCAUGUGCUGUCCUACUGGGAUGGCUGUGUGCACUAUCUGAUGUAUCUGCUGGUGGUGGCGGCGAUAAGCUGGGGGGAGAGUUACAGAAACAUCGGGCUGUACUGGGUGGGAUCCAUCCUUAUGCAUGUGAUCGUCUACAUUCCUGGAAGUGUUGUAGGAAAAUAUGGGGCACAGCUGAGCUGCACAUUCACCAUUCACCUGCUGUACAUCAUGGUGUCUGUGUGGGCCUGCUUUCGCGUGUUCGGCCAGCCAGCCACACAAGAGGUGUCGCCUGUGAGUAUCCAGGAAGCUCACAGGAAGAGCCUGUUUCAGAGACCCCUGGAUUUACUGUUUGCACUCUACCUCAUCCCGGCUUUCGCUUUCUGCGUCGCUCUGGACUGUCCCGGCCAGUGGUGUCGGGAGUACUUGCAGCACCAUGAGCCUUACCUGAAAGAUCCUUCCGCCUACCCCAGAAUCCAGAUGCUGGUAAACAUGCUGUAUUCCGUCCCAUAUUACACCAUGACCCUGUAUGGGCUGCUGGUCCCUGGCUGCCAAUGGAUGCCUGACCUGACUCUGGUGCACUCCGGAGCAGUGGCACAGGCCCAGUUCUCUCACAUGGCCGCCUCCCUCCACACGAGGACCCCGUUCACGUACAGAGUUCCCGAUGACAGCAGAACGCUCUUCCUCAUGGUCAACGCCCUGUACGGUCUCGUGCCCCAGGUCUUCAGCUACCACUGCAUUAACAGCCCCUCUUUUUUCCUGAAAACCCAGCAGAACAAAAAAGAUUGAGUCAGGCAGCGUGGUGGACACCUCACACCUGUAGCUAAGGCUUCGGAUUGGCUGCUGAAUCAGGUCCUUCCCAGUACUCCUGUGAACAUUCCUGUGCAUUUAAAGGCGGCUUGCUGUCUUACUUUGUGUUUUUUUGUAAAUGCGUUUUUAUAUUUUAUAUUCUGGCUGUAUGCUGACGUUUGAUUAGAAUGUAAGCGAUUAAUAUUGUUCAAAAUGUUUGUGUUGGUUUGAAAUCUGUAUCUACGGAUGAUUCAGGUAUUUAAAGAGGAAUAUGUACCUCAGAUUGCAGUACAUUAAUUAUGAUGCUGUUAAAAUGGUACCAAAAUUCAAAGUAGGUCCACCGAAAAACUUCAGGGACCUGAGCUGAGACAUUUGUUGUUUUGUGUUAAAAGUUUAUGUUAAAAUUUUCAAAUGGGUUUGUGGUAUCAGGAAGACUUUAUACAGCAUAAGCAAGAAUAUUAUUUUGUGUCACUAUUUUUCAACAUUCAUAUUUAUUACAAAUAUCCAUCAUCCAGCAAAAUUAUUAAAAAUGCUACAUUGUAACAUUUUAGUUACAAGCAUAGAACUAUAACAUGAAAGCAACCUUCAGUUAGGUUAUUUUUUUUUAAAUAUAUUUUCAUUUUUAAUAAUCAAAAAAAUAUUCAUUUACACAAAUGGAACCUUGUUUUGCAUAGUUUUGGUAGAAUGAGAUUAUGUUGAGAUAAGUGAGGUUUGUAGAAGUUGCAUCUCUGGGAAGCUUAACUUCGAUAAUUGAGAUUGGGACGUUAUUGUUUUAGAAACCCCCAAAAAUAAAGUUAAUACAGUGCCUUUGAGAUUUUCCUAUUUUAACACAUUUUUUCCACUGUCUGGGAAACAAAAUAUUUAAAAAAACAUGACAUGGAACUGAAACCACAUAAUAAAACAAACAUAUGGUGUAACUGA